GUCUGCUUUCAUUCGCUUCGAGUUUGUUCCUCUGCGUGUUUGUUCCAGCGUCGCCUGCAACGAUGGAGCUGCUGUACCUGCUGCUUCUCACCUUCACUGUUGUCUUCUCAACCCAUGCUCAAGUAAAACACAACCUUUUCCAGUUGAAUGGAUGCUCUGACACAGAAAAGGAAACGCUGUAUGGAUCUGACGGAGAGGAGAUGUGGCAUUCUGACUUUAACCUACAGCAGGGAGUAGCUACGUUGCCUGAGUUUGCGGAUCCUAUAAGUUUCCCAGGAUCAUAUGAAGAGAGCCUUGCGGAACAAGAAGUAUGCAAACAAAACCUAGCCACCUGCAUUAAAGCUUACAACAGCCCUCCUGAGGAAAUGGAGCCUCCAGAGACCUCCAUCUACCCCAGGAAUCAAGUUCUGCUGGGUGUGGAUAAUGUGCUCAUCUGCCACGUGACCGGGUUUUUCCCUCCGCCCGUGGACGUCUCGUGGAGCAGGAAUAAUGUGAAGGUGACUGAAGGGGUGAAUGUGAGCCAGUACCGGCCCAGGAGCGAUCAAACCUUCCACGUGUUUUCCAGUAUGAAGAUCCGUCCUGCAGCGGGAGACAUUUACGGCUGCACGGUCAACCACGCAGCCCUCCAGGGACAACCGCAGACCAAACUAUGGGUUGUGCCGCAGGGGGACGUCCUGGGUCCCUGCCUGACUCCGCUUCUGCUCUCUGGACUGGGAUUUACAGUGGGACUGCUGGGACUGGCCACAGGGAUAUUCUUCUUUGUUAAAGGAUCUACAGCUGACGUCUCCGACACGGCAGUAAACAAGAAGAAACGAAUGCAGUUCUACCAAUAAAGAGACUCUGAGUGGGAGUUUGAUUACUGACACGAACUGCAUCUGUGUGUGGUUUUAGAUGACGGAUGAAAUACUGAAACUCAAAGAUCUGCUUUAAUGCUUGAUGUGUUAGUCCUACUUUAUAUGAAGAACUGGCCUUAUCCAAUAUGCAAGUUACUCAUUUUUUACUACAGUAUGUACUUAUUGUGUAAAUACAUGUACUUAUGAUUAAUUAAAUACAUGUGACGUAAUUAAAAAAAUCGACAUUUUUACAAA